GGAGGAACCGGUUUGGGAAAGGCUGUUGAAAGUAAUUCUGCAUUUGCUUCAGGGGGAGGUGGAGCCAAGAUACACCUACACAUAUCAGUGGAACGAUUAGAAAGGUUUUCACUUAAGAGAUGCUGAUAUUAUGUUAGCAGAGGAGUGCCUAAGCUCAUGACCCUGGCUCAGACUGUGUCUUAAGGCUUUACAAUGGAAUAUCAAGUACCUUCUUCAGCUUCAACCUUUCCACCUGAAGUGAUCUCUUACAGCUCUACCAUCACAGCUCACAGUGCGGGGGUUGCUAUUGCACCUCAAGUGAUUAACUCCAACAUUGUAGGUCCUCUCAACAUCACUAUUAUGCACUCAGCAGCAAAUGAUCAACAGAUCCCAUCAACAUCAGAUGGAGCCCCUAGUAUAGAGGAUUGGGAUUCUGUGCGCCAAGUUCAGCAGAAACUAAAACUCAGCUUGAAGACAAAGCUGAAAACCAUCUUGGGUGAUAUUGCAGAGAAAAAUACAGUACAUUACAGCACAAUACAUGACUUGAUUCAACCUCUGCACUACAUCUCAGAGGGUGGAGAGACGGAGACAGAGAAUGAAAUUUGGAGAAUUGAAAAGGCAUCUCUGAAUCAAAUACCUCAAAACAAGACAGUGAACUCCGAUGACAUCUUCAGGCCUUUAUCCGAAAACAGACAGUACCCCAAGAACGGUGCUGACUAAAGGCAUUUCCGGCAUUGGAAAAACCUUCUCUGUGCAGAAGUUCAUCUUUGAUUGGGCAGAAGGCAAAGCCAAUCAAGAUGUGGACUUCAUGCUUCUGCUUCCGUUCUGGGAGCUGGACUUGAUUAAGGAUGAUAAAUACAAUCUUCAUGUACUUUUAUGCAGAUUCUACCCUGAGCUUGAGGAUCUGAACUUAAAGAUGUAUAAAGAGUGCAAAGUUGUGUUCAUCUUGGAUGGUCUGGAUGAAAACAGAGAGUUUUUCAAGAGUGAGAAACUUUAUGAUAAGGGCAUGAAAUCAUCUGUAGGUGAGCUGAUAUCAGAUCUCAUUAAUGGUAAGCUGCUUCCCUCUGCUCACAUCUGGAUAACCACCCGACCAGCAGCAGCCAAAGACACCACCACUCAACACUUUGACCGAGUAACAGAAAUACAGGGAUUCAAUGACCUGCAGAUAGAAGAGCACUUCAGGAAGAGAAUCAGUGAUCAGGAUCAAGCCAAUGAAAUCAUCUUACACAUUAAGUCAUUCAGGAGCCUCUACGUCAUGUGUCACAUACCGUUCUUCUGUCAUAUCACAGCAACAGUCUUUGAAAAAAUGAUAGGUAACCCUGUCAGUGGAGAGCUUCCCAAAACAUUGACUGAAAUAUACAGCUGCUUUGUGCUUAACAAAGCUGAAGACAUCAACGAGGCAAGACCAGUCAAAUUGUCUCAUUCAGAUGAACAGACUAUUGUUGCACUGGGGGAGUUAGCUUUCAAUCACCUUAGAGACAAUGCUGUGAUUGCUGAGAAAAUGCUGUUGCAUUAUGGCAUUGCAAUCAGUGAAGAGGCUAAGCACUCUCAAGUUUUGAAGUUCGUCCUGAGAGAAGAGAAGCCGAUGAUAGCGGACCUGAAUUGUUACAGGUUUCUGCAUUCAGGUGUUCAACAGUUUCUUGCUGCCCUUUACUUUCUGAACUCAUACACCUGCUUAGGUAUUCCAAAAUUCCAUCCAGUCCAAGAUAGUCAACUGCCACAUGAUCGAACGUCAGCUGAUACUCUCAACACAGAGGAGUUUGAUGUAAACCCUCAGCAGCAGAACACUUUACAUGAUAUGUUCAGGGUUGCUUUGGACAAUGCUUUGAAGAGUCAUGAUGGACAUCUGGAUCUUUUCCUUCGUUUUCUUCUUGGCCUAUCUCUUUAUUACAGUCAGAACUCACUGAGUCAGCUCAUAGGUGCUUCAGAGCAUAGUGAGGAAAACAUCCAGAAGACCAUAAGGUAUAUCAAAUACAUAAUUAGGAAUAAGAAGAAAAGCUUCCCACAUCCUCAAUGCAUAAAUCUGCUCCACUGCCUGGCUGAACUGAGGGACUACUCUUUUGAAGAGGAAAUGCAGAAGCUCCUGUCAUCAAGCAACAGUGCUGAAGAUCAACUCUCCAUUGCACAGUGCUCAGUGCUCGCUCACCUCGUCCAGGUGUCAGGAGCUGUACAUGAGGAGCUUAAUGUCGGGAAACUGUGCUCUAUCCCCGCGGGUCAAGAACGACUGAUUUCAGUCCUUCAAUACUUCAAGAAAGUUUUGUUGGUGAAAUGCUGGAUAAUCUCAACGACCUUGGAUACUUUAAUUUCAGCUCUUAAGUCACCUGACUCACAUCUGAUAGAGCUUGACCUCAGUCACAAUAACUUUACCGGUGCUCAGUUAACGUCUCUUUGUUGUGCACUGAGGAGCUCUAGACUUCAGUCACUUAACCUCAGCCAUGUAAACCUAUCAAUCAUACCACAAAUGGGUGAAUUUCACUGGUUAAAUUUCAUGUCUGGUGAUAUUCAGCCCCUCUGUAAUGAUUUCCUGGAUUCCAUUAAGAGAACAACUACUGGGGUAAGUCACACCAUUCUCAUUUACACGCCUUGGUCAAGUGCAGAAUGGUAGUAUCUCCAGAGCACUGCAUCAAACCACUGACAUUUUAAACCAUGGCAAGUUGUCAAAUUGUUUAGCUACUGUAGUUUACUGUACAUAGUUGUGAUGUGUCACUCAAAUGAAUCAACAUAUUUAGAGCCAGAUUUAGUGAAAAUGAUGAGAUGUUGACUGUUACAUGUGUGAAAGCCUAGACAACAGGCCUGCCGCUGUCCGAAUGCAUUCCUGCUUGUUUUGGUGAUGUAUGCUGUGAGAUAUUUUGUUUCUACAUUUAUUUAUUUAGUUUUAUGUAUACUAAGACAAUGGGAACACUGUUAUUUAGUUGUUUAGAAGGAAGGAUAAGAUUCCAUCAGACAAUUUAAGAAACAGUUAAAAAUCAACAUCAAUGUGCAAAAGUUCUAACUUCCUGGUCUAAUUGCAUGUUUUGUUGAUUUUCUGAGUGAGAACAAACUUAAAUAUGGCAUUAUUCUGUGAAAGUUUUGUGAACAAUUUUUUAUUUGCUGAGAUUAACAUAUUGGAAAAAAUAGCCAACUUUGGCUAAUUUGGAAAAAAAUUCACUUGCACCAGUCUUAAUUUACAUGCAAAAACAUAUACACAAUUACACAUGCAG